UCUGACUGAAACAUCCCCAGCAGAUGAAGGCCUGGCGGUUUAUGACCCAGCGAUGAAGUCCUUCCGGGUCGUCUGGUCGUUUGGAGUCCUCUUUGUUGCGUUUGUAGCCGGUUAUGGGUUUAGGAACUGCAUACAAGACAUCGACGACCCCGAAAGCUAUACCUGUGUGCACCGCGUCCUGCUGGACAUACGCAGCGCCGUGUCUGACCUUCCCAACAACACCAAGAGUCUCAACGUAUCAAACAACCGAGUCCGGUCGCUGCCGCCCAGGAGCUUCAUCCACAUGACCAAGCUGGAGAUGCUACGCUUGGACAGCAACAACCUGAGCAACAUCGUUCCCGGCGCGUUUGAUCAAUUGAACUCUUUGAACACGCUGAACCUGUCGUCCAACAACCUUUCUAGACUCUUCCGAGAGACGUUCCGAGGACUUCACAACCUGACGCAGCUCCGCCUGGACAGAAACGCUCUCGUCUCCAUCCACGUGGAAGUGUUUGAGCCUCUCGUACGUCUAGAGCUCCUCAACUUGUCCUGCAAUCGUCUGAAGAGCUUCGAUGAGUUUCUGGGGUCCCUUCAGCCUUUGCCGAGGCUUCGCUCUCUCUUCGUGUGCAAAAACCAUUUCCGGACCCUCAAUCACAGCCGCGGUCUCCCCCCCUCGCUGUCUCAACUUUUUCUUUGUGCGAACCAGCUACAGGAAUUAAACUGCCACCGGGACUUUUUCGUCAACGUCUCUCACCUCGACCUCUCUUACAACAACCUGACCACGUCUUCCUUGCUGCCGCUGAGCUUCGGGAAAAUAGGGUACUUGACCGUGGCUUUUAACAAGUAUUUCGACAUCUUUCAGUUUAUAAAGAAUACCGCCGUGCCGCUAAACAGGAUCGAUUAUUCCGGACUGCACCUAAACGAUUGUUCCAAAUUAUCUCGAUUGUGCCGUUAUCUGAGGGGGGUCUCGCUGAACACGCUUACCCUCGCCGCAAAUACAAUCAAGGUUGUAGACCCCAAGACUCCCAUGAGCUGUAACGUGACGGGCGUGCUGGAUUUGUCCAGAAACAGGCUGAAGAACUUAGAAUGCUUGGAGUUUAUGAAUCAGACGGAACUUGUACGCUUGACUGUGGAACACAACCUUCUGAAACAGUUGAAAAACUGCAAAAACAAAAAAACCUUCCCAAAACUGGCUUACAUAUCUUUCCGUUACAAUAGGAUCUGGUCCGUCAACGCGCAUGCUUUUAGCUACGCACCCAACGUGGAAGAGCUGCAACUCAACAUCAACAAUCUCAUCUUUCUGGAGAAUAACGCUUUUAAUGGCCUCAGACGCCUGAAGACGUUGCGCCUGGACAAUAACCUGAUCACGGACCUGUAUAAAAGCACGUUUCUGGGUUUAACGGAACUCCGGGUUCUUAAUCUCAGGAACAACAGAUUGUCCGUUAUCUUCCAGAACGUCUUCCAGAGUUUGGGCAAUCUUCAAAUCUUGGAUCUCGGAGGCAACAAGAUAACCGGGCUGAAAAAUAAUUCUUUUCGGGGUCUGCAAAACCUCACCAAACUGUAUCUGGAUAGAAAUAAUAUUAAGACGAUCAGCAGCUACACUUUCCGUGAUGUGGAGACCACGCUGAGGGUCUUGGACCUUGUGUCUAACCAGCUUAGUUUUGAGUCUUCGAAGGAACACGUCUCGCCUUUCUAUAGGCUUCAGAAACUAUAUGACUUGAAACUCCAGAAUCAGCAACCUUAUGGUCUCACAGUCCUCCCACAAGGGUUCUUUAAAGGUCUGACUUCCUUAAAAUAUCUUUAUCUGGCACAAAACAAGAUUUCGAUUCUCAACGCUGAUGUGUUUGAUGAACUCAGUCAACUGACAUUCUUGACUUUGGCCGACGACUGCAACGGCAUCCGAAAUCUCCCCGACGGUAUUUUCAAGAACCUCACGAACCUGAGGGUAUUGAACUUGGAAAAUAUUGGUCUCCAGACGUUGACCCUCGACGUCUUCUCCAAUCUCACCAAACUGCGAAAACUUCAGUUGACCAAAAAUGCUUUGAAGCAUAUCAACGUCAAAGUCUUAAAAACCAUGACCAGCUUGAAAUACGUAGACCUUCGCAAAAGCCCCCUCACCUGCACCUGCAACAACCAAGAGCUCCAAAGGUGGUUGUACCAACCUCAAGUGCAGGUCGUGUAUCCCUAUAACCUGACGUGUCCCGGCAAACCCACCUCUUACUUUCAUGAGUUCGAUGCCCAAGUCUGUGACAUGAAGAUCAAAGUGCAACUUUUCUCCUGUUCCUUUCCCAGCUUGUUGCUCUUCAUAAUAAUCCCCAUCGUCUACAGCAAAUCCUACUGGCGCAUCAAAUACAACUACUUUCUCUUCAUCGCCUGGUUGCACGAGAGAUGGAAAUCAGACAAGGAAAUUUACAAAUACGACGCGUUCGUUUCUUAUAACACCAACGAUGAACACUGGGUCUUCAAUAAGAUGUUGCCAACGUUAGAGAACUGCGAUCCUUCCUCUGCUUUCCGACUUUGCCUUCACCAUCGAGACUUUCAGUUGGGAAGGGACAUCAUCGACAACAUCGUGGACAGCAUCCACAACAGCCGGAAGACCAUCUGUGUGGUCAGUCGGAACUACCUCCGCAGCGAAUGGUGCUCUCUGGAGAUGCAGUUGGCCAGCUACAAGCUGUUUGAUGAGAUGAGGGAUGUCCUGGUCCUCAUAUUCUUGGACAAUAUCCCAGAUGGGGAGCUCUCCACCUAUCACAGGAUGAGGAAGGUGAUGUUGAAGAAGACCUACAUUAGUUGGCCGUCUGAACCGGAAGCAGAAAAGCUCUUCUGGGCGAAGCUUAUAAAAGCUUUGAAAGGCAUUGACUCUCCAGAGGUCACUGUGCAUGACGGGAUCUUUAUGGAUGAAAAAAGUGCCUGAUCUCUUUGUUUAGAACGGUUUACUCUGCUUUUAAACGACAAAUGGGAAAGUUCUCAGAUGCUGUAGAACCUGGAAACACAUAGGUGAAAAUAUGACCACACCAAGCACACGUUUGCCGCAUGUCUCUCCAGCUUUAAAACGUCCUAAGCGUGUGGAGUCAGGUGGCCAGACCUUUAAAGCCCAAAUAUUAAGUGUGUAAACCCUUAAACAGCGCGCUAUCCACAGUCAGAAACAUGAAUUCUAUUAAGUUUUUACACAAUAUCCAAAAAAAUCAGGUAUCUUACCGUUCAUCUUUAGGUGAGGUCUUCAUGAGCCAAGGAGCUGCUUUGUAGGACCACCUGGGGCUGAACAUGAACAGGGGAAACGUAAGCUACUAACAUAUAACGUUUGACGUUUUUCUAUAAUAAAAAAACCUUGAAAAUUGUGUUUUGUUGCUAGAUUGUGUUGUUAAUCAGUGAUAUCCGAUUUGAUUUAAUAAAAACAUUAUUGAUCAUA